AUGAAGAAAUAUUUAGUUUAUGAGAAUAUGCAUCAUUCAUAUAUAUUGAAUAGUAUAAAAAAUGGAGAAGAAUCGGAAAAGCUAGCUGCCCUGAAUGACCUUUAUGAACAGCUGAACCUGUCUGCAGAUGGCGGGUUGUCCGUUUCCCAGAUGGAAGAAUACAUCAACGUGCUGAUCCAUGUGAUUAAUAAGCCACACAUGAAUUACAACACUGCAUAUGGAAGGAACAGCAACAGUGGCAAAAGUGACAAUAAGAAAAAGGCCAAGGGUACAGGGAGUGCUAAAAAUAUCGGCUCAGACAAAAUUAAGGACACGGUGAAUACCGGUCUCAACAGCUUUUUUAAGAUAAUACAGGAACGUAUAGGAGUUUAUGCGUCCGAUUUUGAUGAAGAGGAGGACGAAGAGGAGGAAGUGGAGGAUGAUGGGGAAGAAGACGACGAGGUGGUUGAUGAGGAGGACUACGAGGAUGAUGAGGAUUAUGACGAGGAGGGAGAUCAGAUCGACGACAAUGGGGUGGAAGAGGUGGAUGAAGCGCAGGAGGUGGACGAAGUUGGCGACGACGAUGGAGGAGGCAGCGAAUUUGCUCCCAGUGAUGGUAAUACAAGAGGGAAAAAGAAGAAGAAGCGGAAAGACGUGACCAAAGCGGACAAGAGCAAGGGAAGCAACAAAAGCAACAGCGAAGGCACAAAUAAGCGCGAGAGUGGACACGCCAGUAAACGGGCCAGUAAACGAGCCAGUCAGCGCAUCAAUCAAAGGUUAAACCAACGCACUAACAAGGGAGCCAACCGGGAGAAGGCUAAAGGUGCGAAGAAGGCCUUGCAAGGUGCCAAGCCAAAGGGGGAAGAAACAAAAAAGAAAGCAAGCAGAGGAGGUGUGAAACAAGAAAUCAUAAUAAACUCUGAAGAUGAAAGCAUUGACUUCUUCUCCUACUCGAGUAAUUCGAGUGACCCAUCCAGUCUAUCAAGUGAAUCAAGUAUCACAGAUGAGAAUGAACAGGAUUUUAUGAACGAUGCAUGCGCAAUAGAUGUAAAAUAUAUUAACAUCAUUUACACAGCCACGUGCUGUAUAUAUGCCAUCCUGGAUAUAUACCCUCAAACCAUAAGGUAUGUAAUUAACAACAAAGACGGGGUAAACAUCCUAAACAGAAAAUUGAAUGACAUUGAAUACAUCGAUGUAGCGGAAGUUAUUUUAAACAUAUUCGAAAAAUUAGUAGAGAAAGAUCCUAUGCUUAUUUUGAAGAAAAAAAGUAUAAAAUAUAUGUUAAUGCAUAUAGACUUUUAUAAUGUCAACAUCCAGAAAAAAAUCUUCUUCUGUAUCAUCCAGAUGAUUAACAAUAUUAACAAACACAAGCACAUAACGAAAUAUAUAACUCCCUACUGUUCCAUUUUUACAAAUUUCUUUCACUUCAAUUAUAUUCAUAUACUAAACAUUAUAUGUACCCUUUGGAGGUCUCUACUUGACAAAAUGAUCACCGUUCGGUUGGAGGAAGAGAAUAAACUGAGGAGGAAAGUCAGACGUUCUGUUACCGAUAGUAUUGGAGGUACAAAAGGGGGUGGAUCAUCGGCGUGUAGAAAAAAUUCCAAGGAAGCUUCUUACCUGAGUAAGCUAAUGGAGAAAACUGACAAAAAGAAGAAAAAAAAAUAUGACAAGGAGGGCAGCUCUGGUGCAAAGGGAAAAGGGAAACUGAAUGAGUCAACUGGUACCCCAUGUGUGAAGAGCAGAAGGGCAAGGAAACAAACAGGGGAUGAUCCCCGCGAAGGGGAAGUAAUCGAAAUAUCGGAUGAAGAGCAAACGAGUGACUUUCACAAGAAAAGAAGCAACGACGCCGAGGAUGACACCAACUGUGAACACCGGGUCGGAGGAAAAUCUAACAAGGAGGUGAAAAAGAAGAAGGAAAGCUCAACUAAUAAGAAGAGCAAGAAGAAGGUCAAAAAUUCCAUGAAAGAGCAAGUGGAUGAAGGUGAAGAGACUGAUGAAGCUGGAGAAGUGCCCCAGAUUGUCGAAGUUGGAGAGGGUACCGAACAUGAAGAGGUGGAGGAAGAGGGAGAAGACAAAAGGGGGAAAUCAAAGGGAGAGAUGGAAAAGAGCAGCAAGUUAAAGAAAGAUGAAAACCUCAUCAGCUGUGCAUACGACAGAAGGGGGAGCGACCCGAAGGACAGCAACAAUAAGGGCCAAGACAGAAAUAGAAAAGGUGCCAAGAGUGAGCAGAUAAAGGACGAAGAUGUGUACAUUUUGGAUGACCAAUUAUCCGAUAGCACCAACUGUAAAAAUAACAAGUCGAACGAGAAUGUCAGUUUUUUGAGUUCCUUUUUGAGAGACCCUGACUCUGUUAGCAGAUCAAAGGGUAGAAGUUCGAAGAAGCCUACGAGGGAAACUACCUCUCAUGGCGCGGAGGAUGGGGGUAAAGAUUCCCCCAAAUUGGAGUGCACGUUCCCGGGCAAGGACGAAACGAAAAAUUCCACCUAUGUGUACCAUCAAAACAAGCUGCUUCAGCAUAUGAUCCAUCUGAACAGCAACGAAAUCACCCACUUCAAGCUCUGCGCGGAGAUAGAGAGCAUAUACAGCAUUAACAUUAGAAAUAAUAUCAUUAAGUUGCUGAUAGAGUGUCAAAUUGAGGAUAAUUUGUAUGCCUUUAUGGAAACCUUUUACAUUAUUUCCAUUUUGGUGCACUACAGUGAUAAAAUAUUGGAGGAUUUUUGCAACAGUGAAUUCCUGGGCAAAUUCAGCGAGUUUUUUCAAAAUGAGAAGUACCAGAGUAAUAACUUUUUAACCCUGUACCUUUUGUUUACGCUUUACUCCUUUUUGCCCAUGUGUACAUACAACGGGUUGGUGAUUUAUGACUACGACAUGGGGACGAAUCUAAGUGGCGAGUCGUUCGUGAAUCGAGGCAAACCCCAGGACAAAGGCGUAGAGGACGGCAAGAACAACGUUGAGGUGGACUCGAGUGACGAUGGAUUUUUCCCCCCCGACCCCCAGCACGGUGGAUACAUGCCGAACACCUUUCCCGUAAGCGUGAAGAAGCACAAGCUAGAUUUUUACAGAAACCAUUUUAACCACCUCGCAACCCUAAUAAAGGUGAUAAUCCCAAGUGUUUAUAAAAUACACGCGCAGACAGUCUAUUUCGACAUCAAAUAUUUGUGCGUAGUUAUCACUCUGUCUGUUUUCAUUUCGAUGUAUCAAAUAUCGUCGACCCUGGGUGACAGUGCGGAGUUUAUCAGCUGCCUUGAGUAUAUGUUCUUGUACCACAAGGAAACGUGUGCCUUUAUCAGGAAACUCGUUUUGAGCAACCUCUCCGAGUCUUCAAUCAUUAGUGGAAUUAUCAUGUGUAGAAUUGUGGAGCAUUUUGCAGCACGCAUUGGCACCAAUUCGGUGUUCGCGUGUUUGAAGGGGGAAAAUGCAGCUUGUGUUAAUGGCAACGGCUAUGCACUUUGUGAAGGCACUACCCAUGUGCUGCCCAUGUUAUCCUACGACCACGGAUCCCACCUACACGUGCUGAACAACAUCAUUAGCAAAAUUUUGCAAAAGAAAAUGGACGAUAUGUAUUCUACCGGUGGGAAUAAUUAUAUGUGUCCCAACCAGGAAAUUUACAAUAUUAUGUUUUGCUACUUUUACGAGCUGUACAAGGGAGGAAGAAGCAAUGGUUUUGCAAAGGGCCGCUGUGAGAAGAGCAACUUCCUAUUUUUCAAUCGGGAAAGAGAAAUGAAGAAUAUUUCUCUCGAAUUUGAGGUGAUCUUUUUGAACUACGAAAAUUUGAAGUUGUCCAAGGAGAAGAACAAGAUGGAGAAUGGCGGCGAACCCAUACGUUUAAGUCAUCUGAUUGUUGAUGAGCGCACAUGUUACAAUGGCAUCGUUUUGAGUUACUGCUAUUUGCUUAAUUUGUUUGGUCACCUAUCCUCUAUGGGGGAAGACGCUUCCAUCUAUUUCUACCAGUACAAUGUGGCAAAGCGCUUGUAUUUUUUUUUGUUCCAAAAGUUGUUUUAUCAGGAUGGGCAGAGUAAAAUGGAGAAGAAAGGGAAUGACGACGUGCAGUGUAAGGGAAGCUCCCUCCAAUGCGGCGACAUAAACCGGAGAAACGUUCUAAAUCUGCUAAAAAGCAUCGAUAGAAAUGUUAGGCUGUACAUCUUUUUAUAUGCCCUUCUGUUUAGCAAUAAUAACAAAAAGGGAGAAGUGGUGCAGGGGUUAUUUUUGAACAGCGUGAAAACGUUAUAUGGAAUAUUUUACGAACUGGGGGCAAACCAAAUAAUCGACGAGAUUGAUCAAGUGCAACUGGACAAAAUGAAAGCAGUAGUGACGGAUAUUUUUGACUCCUACCACUACUACCUAAUUAUGAAUAACCUGUCCUUUACAAAGUGUUCGCUACUCAUUCGGUUAACAAGGGAGUGUCUAAACGUAUAUGACAAUUUGCCCAUCUACUUUUUCAAAGAGAGUAGGAAAGCUUCUACCAGCAGCAGGAUCUAUGGUGCUGAGAAAAAACAGGACGCGGGAAUCAUGCCUUUAGAAAAACCCGAUUUUUGUUAUCACCGAGGAAGUAGUAACGUGGAUUCCUGGACCAAACAUUAUGAUGAUUUCCCUUCGCUAAAAAGCGACAACCUGAGUGCGCUCUUUAGCCCCAAGUACAGGAAGAACAACAAUGAUGCUCUUAUUAAAUCUCUCAAGCAGAGAAGGAAAAAGGGGAAAGACGAGGACAACGUUGGGGCUAGUAGCAAAUGUGACCUUACCGAAGUUUCUGACCAGAAGAAGAAAAAUGCGGAUUCGUCACAUUGUAAAGAGGGUACAGUAGGUGAUGCGGCUGAUGCUGCGGGGGGCAUGACAAAUGAGGAAAACCGUGAGGUGAAGAAGGAGAACACGGCCCAGGGGGAUCAAGAGGAGGUCGAUUGUGACAUGAGUUCCGAAAAGAUGCGCAUAAUAGAGAAUAUCCAGAGGGAGUUCCAGAUGGGCGAAGCAGAUGAGGCGAAUGACGCACAAAACACAGAUAGGGCGCUCCGAUCGCGGGAAGCAAAUCGGGGCAACGCCGUGAUACCCAUCAUAGACGUCUUAAAGGAGAUCUCCAAAGAAGUGGAAAUCAUAAGUGAAAAGAAACCUGACGAAACGAAAAAUCAAGGAGUGGGAAAUGUCAACCAGGUGGGCAGCAACGCAGCAGGAGAAGGAGAAGAAAUGAUGGACACAGCCUCCCCUAUGUUUAGCGACAGGGCAAAUAAAGAAAAGAAAAAGAAAAAAAACAAAUGGGAAGGAAGCAAAAAGGGACAUAAUACUCUAUUUGAUUAUUUCACAGGAAGUAAUUACAGACACUUUGACUACAUCCCGAAGGAUUCCUUUUACGAAAAUUUAUUUUAUGAUUAUAAUGACAGUACAGUAUGUGAUAAAAAGAAAAACAAGAGCAUAUAUAAUAACUACAACUGUCACUUCCCUGUGCAUUUGAGGAGAAAUGGUCUCUACGUGGACAACGUGUCAAUUUUUAGUUCCCUCAAUGAAGGCCUGCCCAUCUCGCUGUGCUUGGAGAAGAUGAAUGUGGGCUCACCAGAAAUGAGUGCAGAAAGUGAAGCAAACGAGUCUACGGCAUUGAACGAGUUAACUUCGCAGGGAAAGCAACAUUUGUCCGAAUGUAGAAUUGCCAAGGAGGAGGUCACGAAUUCAAGGAAAGACAACAUAUCGGUGGAAGUCAUAAAGGAUGAGGCGAAGCAAAACAACGCGGGCAUCGGAGGAGGAAGCCUAAAAUUGCAAAGAAGUCCUAGAGGCGUAGUCCCCAACAGAAAUGCCUACACUAAGGACAUCGCCCACAGGCUGCUCUUCUUCGGAAGGAACUACCAAGAUAAGCCAAAGAACCUCCAUGCGACCUUCAACAUAUUUGAUUCGCUUAAUAAGAUGGAAAACUACAUAAGAAAAAAUUUAAACAGGAGCAACAAAAAUGCCAAUGCAAAGUACUACUCGAAGGAGGAAGACUUGGUGCUCCUGUCAGUUAACGGUGUUGAUGUACAUAACGAUUUCUGCCUUUCCGAGUAUCUGACAAAACUGAACGAUCUGUAUUAUAUGAACAGAAAUUCAGCUUGCCUCAAUGAAGAAAAUAUUUUUUACAAUACGGAUAAUUUUUAUGUGUACAACGAUGUUGUAGAGUUACUUCCUAUCCAUUAUGGACAGAUGAAAAGUCAAAUAAGGUACCUAUGGAAUGGGCAUGGAGAUAGAAGCUCCGCUUCGGAGAAUUAUUCUUUUGGCCGUUGCCUGUACUCAGGUGAUGCAUAUCCCACUCACAACACCAACAACACUCAUAGUAUAAAUUUCAAGGUGAUUAAAACGAGAAAGCAAAAUGAACCUUCUUACAUGAAUUGUUUAGUGGAUGAUUUUAGCGGUCAAGGCAAUAUACACAUUGUGUCGAAGAAAAAGAAAUCGAACAACAGUGUAGCUGAGCUGAGUGAGGAAACGAGGAGGAAGUUAUGCGAAAGGGGAGAUGACCAGGGCGACCUUCACAGCUAUGUAGAUCCCAUUACCUUUAGGAAAAUUAAAUCCAGCAUUGAAACUCCGUUAAACUGUAGAAUUGUUAGUGAUAAGUUUAAUUUUUUUAGCAUUUCCUUCGAUUUGGUUAAAAAUUUGUACAACGCAGAUGAUGUGUCAGGUGGUGCGAGGAAUGCGGAGGAACCCCUCAAAAAGAGCUUCUUCUCUAUGUUGAAGGGGGACCAUACUGAUUACGCGACAAGGAGUGAACAAGUGACCCACGAUGGGAAGGAGGAUGAUUCGGAAGCAAGGGAGAAGUUGAGUAAGGAUGCAGCUGCUGGCAUAAGUGCAGGUGCGAAUAGCGUGGACCUCACAGAUGGGCAAUACUACGAAGACGAGUAUGAUGUGGACCAGAUGAUGUCCUACGAGAAGCACCUCUCGGAGGGGGAAGAUAAGCCUUCCUUCUUGAUAGACUACCUGAAGGAGCACUACAGAAAGAAAGAGUUGAAUAUUUUCCUGUCGCAGAGAAAUUGCGUGGAGAGCGAUUCGAUGUACCUUUCAUCUUUUUUAAAAACAGAAAUGAGGAAGGUGACCGAGCUGGUUUUCUUGGAAGACCAUUACAUUAAUAAGGACGUGAUGUUAAGCACGCAUCUACACAACAUUCACUUUCUGGUGCAUCAGGGCGAGGAUGAUAUGAAGGAGAGUAGUGCAUCGCGAAGGGAAAACCUCGUGGAUAAAAUUCAUAGGAACAGAGAAAGGGAAAGGUCCCUAUAUGUGAAGCACCGUAUGGGUAGAGCUACAAACGAGGACACCAUAAUAACGGGAGAUGGAAAAGAGAGUAAUCACCAGAAUGACAUUAUCCCCAAUGAGGAGGACCAGUAUCUCCUAUUUAACUAUAUGCCUAUGUACAGCGAAAUUAUGAGAAGGGACGAAAUUUCCUCCCGUUCCACGGGACGGGGUUGUGGAUCUCGAAGGGAAGAUCGAUUGGCCCGCAAAAUGAGUAGUUCUUCAGGACAAACAUCGAAGGGAAAAUGUCGACAAGCACGACAUGAAGAUAAGGAUAUUUUUCUACAGAACAUAUACAAUUUUAUGUUUUUCAAGUUUCUUUACUUGCUGUGUAGACAUUUUAAUAUGUGUGAUAUUCCAACGUUACUGACUUUUUACAUGAGUAACAAGGCCGGUGGUAAUUCCAUGUGCAAUGUGCGGAAUUUCGAAUUAAGUGGCAACAGUAUGUUGAACGAGGAAACGAUAAAAGAGAUGAAUAGCAUGCUGGAGGAAACGUUUUUAGAAAAGGAAACGGAAGGAGCACAUACGCAAAGUGAAGGAAAUGUUCCGAAUGAAGAAAAGAAUCCCGUAGUGGGCAUAAAAGAUAUAAAGAAAAAGUGCUUCAUCCUGAACAGCAUUAACAACAAGGUGAUGUACUACUUGAAUAAUCCUGUCUUCCUCUUCAGUGAAAAGAUCCCUUCAUGGGUAUAUAAGAUUUUUUACCUCUUCAAUUUUGUGGUGGACAUUGACAUAAGGCUAUUAUUUUUUGAAGUAGUUUACUUUGGAAAUUAUAGAGGCUUAUAUAAUUACAAGCAGAAGAUAAAAGAAGUGGUGGAAAAGUUCAACGACAAAAUAAGUUUUGGUAAUAAGUCCCUGACAGAGGAGCAUCUACUUUCCGUUUGUGCAAAUUACACAUAUAAUUGUGAUAAGAAAAAGCUGUUUUAUUUUUUGUCCGAUAAUACAACGUUAACGUUACCAAGGACGAAGAUUAAAUUACACAGAAACAAGAUGGUCGACUCGUCCUUCCGUAUAUUUAAUCAUAUGCAUUUUAUCAAUUCAAAUUUUAUUACUCCAUCAUAUUUGGAUAUAGAGUUUUUCAAUGAGGAGGGCACAGGGUUAGGGCCUUCCCUAGAGUUCUACAAUGAAGUGAUAGAGGAGUUAAAGAAGGAAAAAUUGAAGCUGUUCAAAUUGGAAGAUACUUACUUGUUUCCUCUUUCGUAUAAAAUUGAUUUAAAUAAUUUCGACUUCAAUUUAUUGAGGAAGCCAAAGAGUUCCGAGCUGAUGGGGCUGAACAGUGGCUCGAGCAGCGCAAGUAACAUAAAUGGAGGUGCUCACACUGGAGGAAAUAAUUACUACGCGUAUGCCAACCACCUUGGUAGCAUCAAUAGCAAGGGGUACCAUUUGCAAAAUGCUAACCCAAGUCACGCAUCGUCGUCAUCACUAAACAAACGCAUAAAUGUGAUUAGCGAUGGUGCAAACGGAAGCAGCUACCACUCGGUGAACAGCUUAAUUAACCAUUUUCUGUACUCCAUGAAUUCGAAUGUAUUUACCAGUGAAGGUAACAGCUUCGGGAAGUACGAAGACUUGUCCGAAAUGGAAUUCCUGGGAAACAAAUUGAAGUACAAAAAGGGGAAGAAGUAUUCUGAGCAUACUAAAAAGGGUGGUAAAAAAAAUGAGAACAAGAAAAAGAAUAAUGCACCUACCGGGGGAGAUGCAACCAACGUAUGUAAUACCAGCAGUACCAGCAGGAGAAACAAGAAAAAAAAUGAACAGGAAAAAGCCCUAAGUGAGAAGAACAAAAAGGGGGAUGACCAACUAUUCGCCGACAGUGACGUAACCAAGGCGAGAAGCAAACAGAAGAAAAAGUACAUCAAGAGCGAUCAUGACCAAGCGGAGGAGGACGAUGAUGAUUAUGAGGAGGAUGAGGAUGUGGAUGAUGCACUUGGGGAAAACAACACCUAUGGUGAGAGUCACCGAAGCGAUAAGGCCGACUCAAGUGUAAAGAAAACAACCCCCGCAACGAGCAGCGCAUGUUCGUACAAAAAGAACCCCACUUUUGACGUCAGAAUGGAGAGCAUAAUUAAGUUGGGGGAAGAGGAAUAUAUUAACUCUGAGAAAAAUAAAAAGAAAAGGAUUAGGUGUUACGUAGGCUCGAGUGAAAAGCAGGAGGAGGAGAGUAAGAAGAAGAGUAUGAUGAGUGAGAGGAAGAUGGUGGAUGCGAAGGGGGGAUCACCAUCGGUGGAAAACUCAGAAUGCGUACAAAUGAAACAGGCGCAGGAAGACGUUGCCGAGGAGGGUGCAGCUGUGGUUGACCACGUUGGGGUGGAAGUAAGCCACGAUAUUGAAGGAAUUGCCCCCCGUGUGGAUACACCGAGUAGCACAGCCAAAAAGGCUAAAGAUGCACAACGUGGCGCUCCCCAAUCGGAGGAAGACAAAAAGUCCGAAUCGGAAGACGAGACGGAAAAUACACGAAAGAACAAUUUGAGGAAAAAGAAAACGGACAAGAGGUCAGGCAGUAAGAACCAGCGUGCGUCUAAAUUUAGCGAAAUAAAAGAUUCGCCAAUCGGUACGGCGCCAAACAAAUCGACGAACGUGUCCGAUGUAGCGAGCAGCUCAAGAAACGUAAGCAACGUUUCGGUGAAGGAGGAGAAAGCUGAAAGGCACUGCUGCAAGUUGUUGGACAAGGGUGUAGAAAGUAAGGAAGACGGGGCGAAGAAAACAAAACUUGAUAAAGCGAAUAAACAGGAGGAUACCAAAAUUGUGAAAAGUGAAGACAGCAAAAAGAAAUAUGUCCUGUCGCAGGACGUUCAACAGGAGGAAGUCACUGACAACAACGAGAAAAAGGAGACGAGCGAAAUGGAGAACAAAAAUGUGCACGUCAAACGAUAUAAGCUAUUUACUAAAGACUUCGAGCAGCAUUUUAUGAAGGAAGACAAUGAUAUGGAAGUAAGGAGACAGCAAGAGGCACGAAGAAAAAUGAACCUAAACGAUGAAGCAAACUUAUCCCGAUCAGUAGCGCAAAAUAUUAUAAGUUCACUCAUAAGCGAAAUGGAAAACAAAUCGUCUUCACAGGGAAUUAAUUUAAAGGCAUCCAAUGAAGCAAAUGAAAAGGUCAAAGGGGAUGCUGCUGAACAGAAGGGUACUAAUGAUGAGUCAAGCAAACCGAUCUCCAACAAUGUAAGCAAAAAGUUAAGUGAAAACUUUCAAAAGAAAUUGCAAGACAAGAGCAAAAAGAAGGUUACCAAUAUUGAACAGGAUACUCUUGAAAAUAGACUCUUUAAGUACUUCAAAUUGUUGGGUCAGUUAUGUGCAAAAAUUUUGACAGACAAUAGGAAUGUAAAUGUCAAUUUGCACCCUCUGUUUUGGUACCUGGUUAUGAACAACUCCGGAUAUGUGAACAUCUCGAAGUUUCAGCACUAUCAAGCGAUCGACCGAGUCAACAUGAACAGCAUAAAUAAACUGCUGGAGUAUCGAAACGAGAACAAAAAUGUGGAGGAUUUGAUGCUCGAUUUUACCCUAUUAGGGAGCGACCCGCCCGUUGAGCUAAUCCCGAACGGAGCCAACAUUGCAGUGAACAAUGAAAACCUGGACCUCUUCAUAAAUAAAACCAUCGAGUACUCGCUGUACGAGGGGAUAAAGUUUCAGAUAUGGGCCUUCCGCUUCGGCUUCAGCACGAUCGCCCCCCUUGUGUGCACGAACAUCUUUGACGAAGAGGAAAUUUGCGAGUAUCUGUUCGGAAGCAAUAUCGAGAAUGACGAACACUGGACGAAGCUGCACCUGUCGACGUAUAUUAAGCCGGACCAUGGGUACACGAACGACUCUGUUACAUUUAUCACCCUGAUCGAAAUAUUGUCGGAGUUCAACAAGGAAGAGAGAAAACUGUUUGUUAAGUUUUGCACCGGAACAUCCGCCUUGCCGAAUAAAGGAUUUGCAGCUUUGAAGCCUCUAAUGAAAGUUGUGAAGAAGGAGGACAAUAACGAUUUGCCCAGUGUGAUGACCUGCACGAACUACUUAAAAGUUCCUGAUUAUAAAAAUAAAGAAAAGCUGAGGAACAGAUUGUUGUACGCCAUUAAUGAAGAAGAUUUUUUCCUUAUCGUAGUUACAUACAACCAUAAACGAGUUCCCAAUGUGAUGUGUUUCACAUGGUAUUCAUUUCGCAAGAUCUUGUGUUUUAAAAUAGUAACCCUGAAUGGCAUUUACCUUAGCCUUAUUCAUGACCGCUUAUUUUGCUACCCAUAUGGGAAAAUAGUAAGCUACUAA